AGAUAUCAUCCCGUUCUCCACACAUUCUCCGUCCCUCUCAGGUCUUCCUGGAAUUCUGAAGAUGAAGAUGAAGCUUCUCCUUUGUGUCGUUCUCCUGUCUGUGGCCACAGCAGUGGACAGUAUUCCUGAUCUCAGCUCUUUAGCUGCUGCAUUGCAAGGGAACAGUAAACUUGUCUGCACCGGCGUCAGCACCCCAGGGUUAUCUGCUACCUGUCCUGAUGGUUACAUCCCCACGACUUGUGUCUGCACGAAGGGCUGCGUUUCGUGGAGCGUCCAGCGUGAGAAUACCUGUCUAUGUCAGUGCCCCAAUGUUGACAUGACAACGGCCCGCUGCUGCAAAGUCGGCUAUUAGUAGAGUCUGACCACCAGAGGGCGAUGGGAGUGACACCGCUGAAUGAUCUCUUCUAUCACAAUAGCUCCACAUCACAUCUAUUAUAUGGUUGUAGAACGGCUGAGGGGGUCCAAUAAUAAAAGGUUGAAGUUUAUAGUUUGUGAUUUCUUUUGUAGCAAAUAAAGUUUUCAUGAAAA